ACGUUGACAAGGAUGGGUUUUGUUUGUGCUAGAUCAGGUCCUUGAUCCCAGCGAGAAAUCGAGAAAUAUUCAAAAUGAAAUUAUUUACAAAGAAGUUACGAAAUUUACACAUAGCUUAAAAAAUUUAGGCGUGUUCGCUCUUGUUAUUUCCAUUGUUUUUGGAUGCAUGAAUGCUAACUCUUGAUGUUCUUCCUACAAAGAUGCGGAAACCGGGAGAGUGAAGCCAGGAAUGUUGCGGAAAGUGACGAAGUGAGCAUCUUUCGUACUGGACGCUUAUAAAGUGAAAUGGACAUUGGAAAAUUAUUGCACGAGGUUUGUCGGAUUGGGAAGAAACGUGGUCUAAGCACUUGUAAAUGCAGACAAGUUUCGGAUGCAGUUCAGUGUUUUGUCGAUAAAUACCACCACGGUUCAAACUUGUAAUUUGCACUAGUUCGUAUUUGUGAGGUCCGGGGUUCGAACCUCGACCCGGAGACAUACUAUAUCCUACUUUUCUCAGUCAGUCAGGGCAUAGGUCACGAUCACUUCCUUCUAUGUUAUUCCCAGUUUAUAAUGACCCAGCCUUUCAGCUCCGUUGUAGGCAAAGUGAUGUUAAUUAAAGCAGGGAACAGAUGACACCCCAAUUCGUGUUUUACUGUCAGGCGCAAACGAGUUUUAUCCAUGUAAGAGCGCAGGAGCCAAAGCCUGCCGACAGAUGUCUCAGAAACAGAGGUGACAUGAGAACGGAAUUUGGCGACAAGUUAUGAAGUGAGUUCGGACAAAGUCGUGGUGCCACGCGAUGUUUGAGGGUUGUCAUCACGGUGGUGACUCGGGCGGUAGCUGCGCCGGGCCGCGAUGCACCGACGUUGCCGAGAAACUGGCCCAGCUGUUUGGCUGGAGACAGACUUACAAGGUGGAGAAACUGCAGAGGUCUUUAGCCGCCUCGGUAGCCCGGAGGAAUUCUCUUCUGCAGCAACAACAACAACAACUCCGGAUCCAAGCGCAGGCCGGAUGCGCGGCAGAACCUAUGAGGAAGUCAACAGAUUCAUGGGUGGUUGUCCACAACUUGCAGUCACAGUCAGAUGGAGGAAUUCUUGACCCCGAUGAUCGUCUCAAUGAUGUGGCGGACGACCGUGAGCAGAUCAUUGCAAACUUUGAAGAUGGUGAUGGACAGCAUCACGGAGGGGGUGAUGGUGCUAGUGGGAGCUCUGUAGGUACGGGCAGUCCGGACAUCUUCCAGAGUGAAAAUUCAAAAUUUCAGCCAUUGUCUCGGACUGACAUUGAGGUGACGGGCGAGCAGAUUGCAUCAGGUUUGAUAGCAGCACCGCUUCAAGUUCGAAGGGGUAGUGAACCUGCAUUGAACCAGCUGGUACCAGCUGUAGGAGGUGUGCCACCCCCUGUACCUGGUACCGGCACUACCGGUUGUGCCAGCGCAGGAAGUGGUUCUGGUGCUGCCUCUGCUGCAACAGAUCCUUCCAAAAGAUGGUCAGCGACUCCAAUUAUAGUGGAUGACGAAGAUGAAGUGAAGGAGAAGCGAUCCUCUCACCGGAAGGAGGGGAGUCGUGGUGGAAAGCUCGGUAAUGGCUACCUCUCUUCUGAUUGGUCGUGCUUGGAGAAGGUCACUGAUGAAGAAGAGUGUUCAUCCUCGGGAUUCACUCGAUUUGUACGUGAUGGCUCAAACCGUUUGUCAAUGCAGUUCCUUGGUGAUGGAGCAGGAGGAUUCAGGUGGGCUGAUGCAGCUGAAACAGCAGCCAUCACAUCGGGACCUGCUGUUAGAGGUCAGUCGAAAUCUCUGCCAAGAGAUCAUCGAAGAAAAGAGCCACUAGGACAAGCAAAUUCUACAAGUCCUGUUCUUCGUACAGCACAUCACCACAGCCAUAGUCACGUGGUCCACGAUUCUGAUAUCGAAGAUGACCUCAAUUCUGAAAGCGUGGAGUACGUAGUCAUGCACAAUGAGAGUGGGCCACUGGGAAUCCAUGUUGUGCCAGAUUACGAUCGCCUGGGUAAAGAUCGUGGGCUGUUGGUGCAGGGUAUUGAACCAGGUGGACGGAUAGACCGAGAUGGCCGAUUAGUAGUGUAUGAUCGAAUUAUUGAGAUCAAUGGCCAGAACUUGCUCAACAUGCCCUUUCAAAGGGUCCAGGAGAUCUUCAAAGAUUCCCUCCGUUGCCCAGAGCUGCAACUGAGGGUGAUCAAACACCACAGUAGUGCCAUGGAUCACACCUUCAAGAAGCCUCCCCCUCCCGUCUUCCCACGCUCCAUCAGAGGGCUUGAUGACAGGGAGAACAUCGCCAUGGUUGAAGGGGAGGAGCGACCAGAGAGUAUGAGGACAAAGAUUGCAACUGUCUCUCCAACUAAGAAGGUCUCCCCUGCUCCUCGUAAUACAGCAACCAGCUUACAGACUGCCAACACAAGGAAAAUUGGUCGCAAAAUUGAAUUAGAAUUGACCAAAGGGGUGUACGGCCUUGGCUUCAGUAUUACAACAAGGGACAAUCCUGCAGGCGGCAACUGUCCUAUAUACAUCAAAAACAUCCUGCCAAAAGGUGCAGCAGUUGAGGAUGGAAGACUGAAGCCUGGAGACAGGCUUCUAGAGGUGAAUGGAGUCGAAAUGACUGGCAAGACACAAUCAGAAGCUGUUUCAGUUCUACGUAAUGCUCCACAAGGCAGCAAGGUGUCUAUAGUUGUGUCCCGUCAGGAAGAUUCCAGCACAAGUCCUAGACUGCCCCGACAAAUCGUUGCUCCCGAAUCAACAGGUAGUGACACUGGCUUCUCUCCAGAGGCAUUCCAACAGAGCUGCAGUUUGCAAGAAAAUCUGGUUUCGAGAUCAUCUCAUAUUCAUGAGCCACCAGAGAAAGUGAACGAUGAUGGUAUGGUGUUUCCAUGGAAACAUCGAGAAAUUCUCACAUUUGAUAUUCCAGUCCACGAUACUGAGAAGGCUGGUCUAGGAGUGAGUGUUAAAGGUAAAACAUCUGCAAGUCAUAGCAUGAACCAUGGUAAUGGAAGCCCUGGUUCAUCAUCAGUAGACCUAGGGAUCUUUGUGAAGAGUGUCCUACAUGGAGGUGCAGCCUCCAGAGAUGGUCGUCUCCGAACUAAUGACCAACUUCUCAAUGUGAAUGGGAUUUCUCUUCUUGCACAGUCCAACUCUGAUGCCAUGGAAACACUUAGGAGGGCAAUGCUGCACACGGAAGGACCGAUACCUGGUGUGAUCUCCUUGACAAUAGCCAGAAGAGCCUCGUCCCCUGGACCUCACAGCCUUAGCAAUGGCCUCCAGCAUUCUCAGUCAGGUCAUGAUUCUGUGUCCAGUCUCCUCACAAGUUCCUCAGGGACAGAGACGUCUGUGUGUAUUAACAGCGUGAAGUCAGAAAAUGAGGCAUACACUCCAGAUAACUCUGGUACAAGUGAAAAUUCUGACAAUACAGUGAUCUUUUUACCCUAUAAGGAUGAAACUGAUCAUUCCAGAGAAAGCAGCCAUCUAAGUGCCAAAUCUUCUGACAACUGUCCAAAUAACGGAGAGAAUGUUUCAUCAAGAAAUCCUGUUAUUGAUCGCCUAACGGGGCAUGUGGCAACCCAGAACCCAAACCCCAUGAGGAAUGAAAGCUAUUACCGAGCAACUCUUGAAACAUGGAACGCUACAGUGCUGCUCAGUGGUGGGGCAGCUGAUAAGCUGACUAGUCCAACGGUGAACUUGCCAUCAGGAGAAAUGGUGCUGAUUGAGGAGGAGUACACACCACAAAACCUGCCUACAGUAUCUCACUCCCACCGGAUAGGCAAGUCUUUACCAGAGAAGGCACCGCCAUGUCAGAGAGGUGCGGCAGAACCAGAUGGAAGGGGUGGUCUGACAGGAACAUUUUCAAGUGGUGGCCCGGCAUCUGAUCAAAGCAGCGACAUACAUGCAGCAGAUAUAACCUAUGCAAGCCAACUAUCACUGGAGGAAGCAGCUGGCUUCACAAGGGAUGCUUUUGGACGGCAAAGUAUGUCUGAGAAGCGUCAUGCAACCUUGGAUGCAAAACACACUGAUACAUACCAGCGCAACAAGAAGCUUAGAGAGGAGCGAGAGAGAUUGCGACACAUGCAGCUCCAGCAGCAACAGCUUAAUGACCAAAAGAGGGCAGAAUUACAGGUUAAGAAUAGAGUGAAACCAAACCGGGAAAUAAUAGCAUCCAGUAUGAUUCGAGCCAACUCAAUAGAAUCUAUAAUUAGUGUAACUCGAUCACAAGCUGACUCAGAAAGAUCAGAUGUACACACAAAGAAUGAAUUUGGUCCAUCACUAGGGAUGAAAAAAUCAUCAAGUUUGGAAUCAUUACAGACAAUGGUGCAAGAAAUUCAAAUGCAGGAAGAUUCUGAUCCAGCUUACACAUACCGAAAUGCUCAAGGUGCAGUCAGGGUGAUUCGAGGCCGAGGCUGCAACGAGAGUUUCAGAGCUGCUGUGGAUCGUAGCUAUGAAGCACCUCUCUCAGACCUGCGCUCUAGAAUUGAGAUGGAAACUCAAACAAGUGUAAGACAAGAGCUGCAGGCUUGGCAUCUUGAACCCAAACAUCGGUUCUUCCCCCACACAGUUGCAGAGGAAGACGGGCCCCCAACAGUGAGUGUGCCUGUAGACUGUGGGCCAGGAAUGUGUCCCAGUGCUUUUGGGUCAGUUCGAGGUGGACCCAGACAGUCUUCACUGAAUGCAAUUUUGGACAACAAGAAUAAGCCAGGCAAGAAGAAGCCUGGACUCUUCAGGGGUAUUGGCUCCAUGUUCAGAUUUGGUAAACAUCGCAAAACUCUGGAUGUGCCGCUGCAGCUAGCUCUGCAAGUGGAGCAGGAGGAAAUGGAGGGGGGAGAGGGGUCAUGUGGUAGGGAGGAGGAGAGAGAAGCAGCACGCAGAGCUGCUCAGGAGGAACAGCAGAGGAUACAAGAACAAUACCGCCGACUCAUGCAGCGACAGAUACAAUUAGAGAGCCAAAUUUCCAACAACCUUCAUGAGCAUUCUGGCACCAAUGCAAGUUCUGAGCCUGGAGGUCCUUUACCUGUCGGAGUCCACCAUUCACACCAUCGUCGUGAGGGCUCGACGUCCUCGGCAUCAAGCCAGGCUUCUGCAGCACCAGGGGGCCCUGGUGGCCAAUCUCGCACAGAGCGCAUCCACCAAUUACGGGCCCAGCAUCAACGUAGACAUGCUGAGAGGAGGGGUCAGUAUCCCAUGGAUGACAGGGAGGAAAGAUACGAAGAAGUUAUUAGACAGAGAUUAGAACAGCCAGAAUUUUCAAACACCCAACAGCAGGCGCCUGUGCGGUCAGCGAGCUAUGAUUUGUAUGGGGAAAUGACUCGUCCUGGCAGCCGUGCUGGCAUUACUGAUCCAGCGCGCUUUAGUCAUUAUGUCAACUAUGAAGAGAUUCAACAGCAUCUCAGCAAACGCAAAGAACAGCUCUCUGAAGUUCAGAUAAUGCAAAUGAGGCUCCAAGUUCAGCAUCAGAGGUUUAAAGUUGAAGAAGAAAGUCGCAGGCAGCAACAUUAUCACUCUCAGCGCCGUGACAACCGUGAAUCACACCAGAGACCAGUCUCAAAUUUCUAUGAGUAUGAGAGCGUACAAGGUGUGAUGCAAUCAAGUCAGCACCGAGAUGAUGUCAGGUCAAAUCUGCUUCAAGAUGAAAUAAUGAGAUCCAGUCAGAAUCGAGAUGAAGUUAUGAGGCCCAACCAGCUUCGAGAUGAUGGCACAAGGUCCAAUCAGUAUAGAGAUGAGAACAAGAGGUCCAAGCAACAUCGAGAUGAAGUCAUUAGGACCAUUCAGCAUAGAGACGAGACCAUGAGGUCUUCUCAGCAUCGAGAAGAGAGCCAAAAGCAUAGACUGAAUAAAGAUGAUAUUCUGAGAACAAGUCAGCAUCAACAUGGAACCACCAUCACUGUCGACAACAACUCUAACUCCUUACAACGACGGAUGCAGUUGCAGGAUAACAAAGGAGCAAACAACAAAAAUAACAAUAGUGCAAACAGCUAUCAACACCCGUACCAGUCUUCCACAAGUUCAAAAUAUAGCUCCAGUAGUAACACCCACGUAGUUAAUGUAAAUGGUAACAAUCAUCACAUGCGAACCUCACAUACGCAUGACAUAGAUCAGCAGAACAAUCGUAGUGGUAGUAAUGGUGGUGUGAACGGUUUGCCCACACUUCCCCUUGUCCAUAACAUUGGCCCAUCAAAUCAUCACACUCAUGGGAACAGAGGUGUUAACAUUUUGGGCUCUAAAAUCAAUAAUAUCACAGGGCGGACACAAGGACCAUUCGUUACUCACGUCACUAUUGGUCAACAAACAAGCCAGACUCAGCCAUCAGGAUCAAAAGUGUAGUAUUUUGAAAAAAAUGAAGAGGAUUUUAGUUUCAACACUGUCAGGAGGAGAUUUGAUGUGAUGUAAAUAUGACACUUCUGUGUCAUUUGAAAGUACCUGUAAAAAUGUUCAUAGUGGCCAUAUGAUCUUAUAGACAUUUAAAUUAAAUAAAUAUUACUGAACCAUUAUAGAACAUGAGAUAUUUAUAUAAAUUUGCCAUUUUUGUGCUACUGAUAUAUUGAGAUGAAUGAGAAGAAACAAGCAGUGUGGCAGAGAAUAAUAUUAGCAAAUGAAGGAAUGCAUCACAACUUGAGCAUCAGAGCAUCGUAGAGAUUUAUUAUGUUUGAAACAUAGAUUUUAUAUGAAUUUUUAUUCCUAAUAAAGAUAUCUCAGAAUUUAUGGAAUAAAGACAUGAUCUUACAAUCAUUAAGAGUGUGAAGUGUGGUGCAUAAAUGUGUGUGCAUAUUCUGAAUUGUGAGUUCUGUAUGCAGGUAUAUGAGCCAUUUAUAAAAACUAAUAAAUUUAUGAAUUUGUUUAAUAAUGAUGCUAUGAAGGCAAGUUUUUAAGUGCAAUUGAAAUGAAGUGCUGAACAUUUAAUAUGACAAUAACCAGUAGAUAUAAUUUUCAUUGUGCAGUUUUAGUGGCAUACAGUACUAAAAUGUUGCAUGUGAAACAAGUCACAAUUUUAAAUAAUUAUUGUAUCAUACAUGUUACAUAUAUGUAAGCUUUUAUAUGUGAAAUUUAUUAUUGGAUGAGUGCAUCUGUUGAUUUUUACAGUGAAGGGAUUUAGUUUUAUACAUUACAAACGAAUGCUAAUGUUUUUUCCUUAAACUGUAUUGUCAGACUGCACGUUUUUAAAUAGAGUUAUACCUCUGCCUGCUG